AUGUCACUCAUUGAGCAUGUUUGGGAUGCUCUGGAUCCACAUCCCCUCAGCCCUCUUCUCUCAGCCCUCUUCACCUCAGCCCCCUCAGCCCUCUUCACCUCAGCCCUCCACCUCAUCAGCCCUCUUCACCUCAGCCCCCUCACCUCACCUCAGCCCCCUCAGCCCUCUUCACCUCAGCCCUCUUUACCCCCUCAGCCCCUCUUCACCUUCUUCACCUCAUCCCCUCAGCCCUCUUUCAACCCUCUUCUCAGCCCUCUUCACCUCAGCCCUCUGCACCUCAGCCCUUCACCUCAGCCCCUCUUCACCUCAGCCCUCUUCACCUCAGCCCUCUUCACCUCAUCCCCUCAGCCCUCUUCACCUCAGCCCUCUUCACCUCAGCCCUCUUCACCUCAUCCCCUCAGCCCUCUUCACCUCAGCCAUCUUCACCUCAGCCCCAUCAACCCCUCAUUCACCUCAACCCUCUUCACCUCAUCCCCUCAGCCCUCUUUCAGCCCCUCAGCCCCUUCAGCCCUCUUCACCUCUCAGCCCUCUUCACCUCAGCCUCUUCACCUCAGCCCCCUCAGCCCUCUUCACCUCAGCCCCUUCACCUCAGCCCUCAGCCCUCUUCACCUCAGCCCUCUCAUCCCCCUCAGCCCCCUCAGCCAUCUUCACCUCAGCCCCCUCAGCCCUCUUCACCUCAUCCCCCUCACCCUCUUCACCUCAGCCCCUUCACCUCAGCCCUCUUCACCAGCCCCCAGCCCUCUUCACCUCAGCCCCCAGCCCUCUCAGCCCUUCAGCCCUCAGCCCUCUUCACCUCAGCCCCCUCAGCCCUCAGCCCCUUCAGCCCUCUUCACCUCAGCCCUCUUCACCUCAGCCCCUUCAGCCCUCUUCAGCCCCUCAGCCCUCUUCACCUCAGCCCUCUUCACCUCAGCCCCCUCAGACCUCUUCACCUCAGCCCUCUUCACCUCAUCCCCUCAGCCCUCUUCACCUCAGCCCCCUCAGCCCUCUUCACCUCAGCCCCUCAGCCCUCUUCACCUCAGCCCUCUUUACCUCAGCCCCCAGCCCCUUCACCUCAGCCCUCUUCAUCGCCCUCAGCCCUCUUCACCUCAGCCCCUUCACCUCAGCCCUCUUAACCUCAGCCCCCUCAGCCCCUUCACCUCAGCCCUCUUCACCUCAGCCCUCAGCCCCUCUUCACCUCAGCCCUCUUCACCCAUCAGCCCUCUUCACCUCAGCCCCUUCACCUCAGCCCCCUCUUCACCUCAUCACCCUCAGCCCCUUCACCUCAGCCCUCUUCACCUCAGCCCCUCAGCCCUCUUCACCUCAGCCCUCUUCACCUCAUCCCCUUCAGCCCUCUUCACCUCAGCCCUCUUCACCUCAGCCCCCUCAGCCCUCUUCACCUCAGCCCUCUUCACCUCACCCUCAGCCCUCUUCACCUCAGCCCCUUCACCCAUCGCCCUCAGCCCUCUUCACCUCAGCCCCUUCUUCAGCCCUCUUAACCUCAGCCCUCAGCCCUCUUCACCUCAGCCCUUCACUUCAGCCCUCAGCCCUCUUCAGCCCCUUCACCUCAUCCCCUCAGCCCUCUUCACCUCAGCCCCUUCACCUCAGCCCCUCCCUCUUCACCUCAUCACCCUCAGCCCUCUUCACCUCAGCCCCUUCACCUCAGCCCUCACCCUCUUCACCUCAGCCCUUCACCUCAGCCCCUCAGCCCUCUUCACCUCAGCCCUCUUCACCUCAGCCCUGUUCACCUCAGCCCCCUCAGCCCUCUUCGCCUCAGCCCUCUUCACCUCAGCCCUCUUCACCUCAGCCCCCUCAGCCCUCUUCGCCUCAGCCCUCUUCACCUCAGCCCUCUUCACCUCAGCCCCCUCAGCCCUCUUCACCUCAGCCCCCUCAGCUCUAACCUCUGUGAGAGAGCCAGUUCGGUGGCAGUGGAAUGAUUGA